CAAACGCAGGAAAUCCUCCACUAAUCUCUCACCCCCGCCCCCACUGCAAGUAACCUGUAUUGUAAUUAGAUCCUCAGUCUGUGUGCACGGUGGCCUAUAAUGGACUAUUAAAGCUCUUUCCUUUUUGUUUUUUUUUUCAGUGUUGGUGACAUUUUCAUUCUUCAUCCCAUCAACGACUCUGGAGAUCUUGUCUCCUCAUUUGUCCUGGAUGUGAGAAUUUUGGGUUCCGUUGAUCAAAUCAUGCUACGGCUUCUCCGCUUGCAGGUGUUCCUGUGCUGCCUCAACAUGGCUCAUCCUUUCUGUCCAUCGCAGUGCACCUGCGUCUUCCAUGGGCGCAGCGAUGGAACGAGAACAAGAUCUGUCCUAUGCAAUGACCCUGAUAUGUCGGAUGUUCCCAUCAACGUGCCCGUGGACACGGUGAAACUUCGUAUAGAAAAAACCGGUGUACGGAAAAUUCCAACUGAAGCCUUUUACUACCUGGUGGAACUACAAUACCUAUGGAUUACUUACAAUUCCAUAACCUCAGUGGAUACUGGGAGUUUUUACAACCUCAAAGUGCUUCAUGAACUGAGGCUGGAUGGUAAUAUGAUCUCCGUGUUCCCUUGGGAGUCUCUAAAAGAGAUGCCCAGACUGAGAACAUUGGACUUACACAACAACAGACUGACUAGUGUUUCCACUGAAGCAAUUCCCUUCCUCUGCAACAUAACCUACCUGGAUCUAUCAAGCAACAAGUUGAUCACCCUGCCAUCUAUCCUCAUGGAUAUCUGGCCACCAUUCAACAAAGCACCAGUGUUGUCUAAUGUUACCCAGAAAAUUGUCUUAGGCCUUCAGGAUAAUCCCUGGUUCUGCGAUUGUAAAAUAUCCAAGCUGAUUGAAAUCUCCAGAAUGGCAGACACGCCAGUGAUUUUGAUGGACCUAUUCCUAACUUGCAGUGGGCCGGAGAACCUGGCUGGUGUCCUUUUUCAGCAAGCUGAACUAGAAAAUUGUGUCAAGCCAAAAGUUAUGACGUCUGCAACCAAGAUCACAUCUCCUUUGGGUAGUAAUGUUCUACUGCGAUGUGACGCCACAGGUUAUCCAACCCCGGCGCUCAUGUGGACUAAGUCAGGUGGCUCACCUGUCAACAGUACAGUCCAAGAGUCUCCAGAAGAUGGUGUGAGGUGGUCCAUCAUGAGUUUGCUUGGGAUAUUGUACAAAGAUGCCGGGAACUACAGCUGCAAAGCCAAGAAUGACGCGGGCGAUGCAGAAGCCACCAUUUCUCUCUCUGUUGUUGGUACCAUCCCAGGAACUGUCCCGGCCAAAGUCACUCCACUGACACUGAGUGACAGCUCACCCACAACAUCUAUUCCCUCAGUUGACAUUCUUAACUCACCCUCUGUCACAUACACCAUUUUUCCAGGGACUUCAACGUCACUGUUCACUAAUCCAGUGAAGCAGAAAACGAUGACUAGCAACGACCUACAAAAACCCUCAAAGAUCCAAGGACAUAAUGGCAGUGAGCUUGUGGCAGACGAAAAGAGCAAGAACAGCGAUGUGUCAAGGUCUGUCAGAGACCUUAAGAUUGUAGAGGAAACAACUGAUAGUGCUGUGUUGCUGUGGACCACAGGUGGGUUACCAAAUGAUGCUCCACUCACAGUUGUGUACUCACCGUAUGAUGAAGAUGACAUUAAACGGACGGUGGAAACCAAGGCUGGAAGCGGCAAAGUCCUUCUCGAGGGAUUGUUGUCUGGGCUGAGAUAUUCGGUUUGUCUAGUGGCAAAGGGUAGCCCUGCUGGACAAGACCCUUGCAUUGACUUCUACACACUGGAUGCCGUAGAAGAUGGUGAGCAGAACGAUUUUUUCGUCAUCAUAAGCAUUGCCUGUGUGUUGGUUUUGCCUCUCAUUGUGCUGUUGCUCUAUAAGAUUCUCACUCUGUACUGCAAGGGACGGAGUACAGCGUUGAACCAAGAAGACCGAAAGGAGAGCUAUGUCAAGUUCGAAACAAUUUCAAUGAGACACGAAUGCAACUCUCACCCAGCUGAGCUUUGGGGGAGGAGACCGACUCGUGACUCAGAGAGGAUGCUUUUGUGCUCCAGGUCAAGCAUAGACUCUCAGAUGACCUAUAAGAGUGACAGUUCCCGGUCUGAGUACCUCUGCUGAUGCUUGGAGUACACGGUGGAAAACCAAAAGCCAUGGAACUAAAACAAACAUUUAAAUCAGCCUUUUAAACUACAAAACUAUUAAACAAGAAAUCAUUUAUAAAUCUCUAUAAG